AUGUUCCUUCUUCUGGUCCUUCUCGCUCGACUUGGAGAGCUGCACGCAGGCCCCAAUCCUCAUAAAACAUUUCUGCAGACCACAGUUCCUGAGAAGAUUUCAUCAUCUGAUGCAAAAAGAAAUCCAGAAAAUAAUAUUGCUUAUGUCAUUACAAUAAAAGGAAAACCAUAUUUUGUCCAUCUCAAAAAGCAAUCAUUUUUAUCUUCAAUUUCUGUUGUUUACUUUUAUGACAAAGAUGACAUCAAACAUUCUAAGUCUUUGUUAGCUCAGAUGGAUUGCAGUUAUCAUGGAUAUGUUGCAGGUUUUCCAAAUUCUCUUGUGUCACUCAACACUUGUUCAGGACUCAGGGGAACAUUGCAGCUUAAAAACAUCUCAUAUGGAAUUGAACCAAUGGAGGCCAUAUCAGGAUUUGUGCACAUGAUUUAUGAAGAAAAACUUGGUAACACUAAUAUACCUCUCUUAGGAGAAAACAGGAGUUACAGCUAUGACAGUGUAUAUUAUUAUAACAAAGAAAGGUCACAAAGAACUGAAUUUUUCAAGUUAUACCCUCAAAAUCUUGAAAUGUAUAUUAUUGUGGAUAAAAAUCUGUUUGAUUACAUGGGCUCUGAUAUAAAGGCUGUAACACAGAAGGUUAUUCAGAUAAUUGGCUUUGUUAACACUAUGUUUUCCCAGUUAAAACUGACUGUUGUAAUAAAUUCCAUAGAAAUCUGGUCAAAUAAAAACAAAAUUUCUACUAUAGGAGAUCCUAAUAAUAUAUUAUCUAGAUUUUUAGAAUGGAAAUACAAGCAUAUCUUGCGACCUCAUCAGGUUACAUAUUUGUUUGCCUUCCAGAAAUAUCCUAGUUUUAUAGGAGCCACAUUUCCUGGAAAAAUAUGUAAUAAAAAUUUUGCUGUAGGAGUUGCUCUGUAUCCAGAGGGUUUAUCCUUGGAGUCAUACACUGUCAGUAUCGUGCAGUUGCUUGGCUUUAAUCUGGGAUUGAGUUAUGAUGAUCCUGACAUUUGCUAUUGUUCAGGAGAUGUUUGCACAAUGUCACGUAAAGCAGUGCAGUCUGGGGGUGUAAAGGAGUUUAGCACCUGUAAUUUGGAUGACUUCAAAUACUUAGCUUCACAUUCUGGCUUUGAAUGUCUUCAGAACAUCCUUCCUGAAAUACCAGUUUAUAAACAAAGACAGAGGAGAGUAUGUGGUAAUGGGAAAUUGGAAGAAGGUGAACAAUGUGAUUGUGGCACUAUACAGACUUGUACGCAUAAAGCCUGCUGUGACCCUAGAUCGUGUGUAAUAAAAACUGGUAAACAAUGUGGUUCUGGGGAAUGCUGCACGCUAGAUUGCAAGCUAAGACCAGGUGGUAUACCGUGCAGGAAAUCUUUGGAUGAAUGUGAUUUCACUGAAUACUGCAAUGGGGUUUCCUCACACUGUGUGCCUGACACUUAUGCACGCAACGGACAAAGUUGUGAAUCUGGUGAUGCCUUUUGUUAUGAGGGACGAUGUCGGACAGCUAGCAAACAGUGUAAAAAAUUGAUUGGUGGAGCUUCUAGAGGUGGUUCAUUUGCUUGUUAUGAUGAAAUAAAUUCAAGAGCAGAUAGAUAUGGAAACUGUGGCCGAGACUUUUGUAGUUUUAGUAAUCUUCUAUGUGGAAAAUUAGUCUGUGCGUGGCCACACAAGGCAUUAGUAUCACGUGCAAAUUUGUCUGUGAUUUACUCACAUGUCCGAGAGGAAAUGUGUGUAUCUACAUAUCGAAGCAAAGAAAAGGUCAUUAAAAAUACAUGGACAACAUAUGAAACACCUGAGGAUAGAGAUGAUACAUUUGUACAAGAUGGCACUGUGUGUGGUCCUGCUAUGUAUUGUAUCAACUUUUCCUGUGUAGAAAUUCAAUACCAGAUAAAUACUCAGCAGUGCAAUUCUUCUUAUUGCAAUAGCCAUGGAGUUUGCAACAAUUUACAUCAUUGCCACUGUGAACAGGGGUUUGCUCCUCCUACAUGCCUGGAGAAGAAGGGAGAAUUUGGAAGUAUAGAUGAUGGGCACAAGGCUCCAUCCGGUAAAAGCAACUUGAGGGAAGGAAAUACCACUCCUUCAAAACACCAAUUUCAACUCAUUUUCUACAUUUCUCUACCUGUGCUCAUCAUCACUGCUGUUGUCUUAAUAAAGCAUAAAAAAAUAAGAGAGCUGUGCUACAGAGGGGAAACUGAAAGUGAGAGGUCUGUGUCAGAAGAAAGCAGUAGUAACAGCAAGUUAUCACCCAGUGUAAGUCUCAACCUCUUCCCUAUAUACUCCCAACUUGAAUCCAGAAGAGGCUUUGAAUCGGUGAAGCAGCCCAAAACCCUCGUCUCAUGA